AUAUGAGGGCUUAGAAAAUAUUUGCAUAUUUGUUGUGUUCAUGCAAAAUGUUGUCAACAAAUAUUUUAAAACUGACCGCUUUAAACCAGUUACAAAAGUUCUGUUUUGGAACAACCACACAGAGGUUUCUCCCGGACUCACGGAAUUAUGAUAAUCAGUGUUUUUACGAUGGAGUUCAAUUUGGAUACAAGGCAACUAAAUCUAACAUUCGUAAUCGUGACCGGCAAGUCAAGAAGAUGACAAAGAGAGCGUUCCAGAAGCAAACCAGAGUAAGAAUUGUGGAUAACACCACAUAUGCUCUGUCUCCUGUACUUAGAGCUGCGAGAGUCAUCCAGGUUUAUAAUAAAAGCGGGCAUGGGUCAGUUGGAGACCAGGUUUUGAUCACUGUUAACGGGGCUAUGAAACGAGCACUUAUUGUGGGGCAGAGGAGACCCAUGGGAGUAAUGAAACCGCGCACAGACUCAAACAAUGUUAUUAUCCUUGACAAUGAUGGCAACCCAGAAGGUACAAGGAUAACUGUUCCUCUACCUUCUUGGUUAAGAGGGUACGACCCUAAAACUAAAAGACAACUUGCAUUGUCGAAAAUUUUGGCACUAGCUACUACUUUCGUAUAGCGAUUUUUUUUGUUCAAGUUAUUUUAUUAUUUUGUGUCAUGUGUUUAAAAAAAUUCACCAAAUUUUAUUCGCAAAGUUGAUUUUCUAGUGUAAAACAACAUCAAAUUUACCCUUUAUUCCUUCUUUAG